AUGUUCAGUUUAAAAGUUGUUGCCUUAUUGGCUUUGGCAUUUGUUGUCUCCGCCACUGACCUCGAAGAUGGUUUGGCCAUCAUGGCUUGUGCCAGAAGAGCCAUUAACGGUGGUGUACCUGAACUAAACAUUCCAAGCCACGAUCCUUUUGUUGUCAUUAAACACAACUUUACCUGGCAAGGAGAUCUUUAUAUCCUUACUAAUGCCAAAGUCUCGUUCCACGACAUGACAUGGGCAGGACUUGGCACCUGGGAAUUGAAAGCUAGCCAAACAAGCAAGGACACUGAUAAAAAUGCCGUCUUUGACUUCGAAAUGGGGUGGAACUACAUGGAGAUGGCUGGUAAAUUCGACGCAGAAGAAAAUGCAGCAAUCAUCCACCAAGAACAACAUGGAAAUUUCUCCAUGGUGUUUAAAGAAUCGGCAUGGAAAGGUUCCAUUGACGUAACCAAACCAACUGAACAUAGCAACGGUACCGUCAACCGUGUCAGAAUUGACUGGGAUGUUGAAGAUGUACCUGUAACAGUCAAUGGAUUGGGUUUCAUUGACCGACCACUUGCUGCAACCGUUUCAAACACCUUCAAAACCGCUUUAAACAACCGUUUGAUUGGCAACGCAAUUGGAGACUUCAUAAAAAUGAGACUCGAGACCAUCUGGUGGAACACUGGAAAAGUUUGGGACUUGGUUCAAUGGUGCAAAGAUCAUCCAGCUGAUUCUACCGAUUAUUAG